AGUUCAUCAUUCCGUUAUCGGUAACUGGUGCACGAGGUUGUGACGAGGCACCGAAAAAUCCUGGACUGGUCCCGGUUAGUGUGGUAACUUCCGGUGUGGUCGUCGUUGGUGGUUUCCUGCUUCGGAACAAGAAAAAGUGUGUGCGAGCGAACGAGUGAGCGAAGUGUGUGUACCGGAAACGAACGGUGGGGAUCUCACUUCCGGUGUGUCUUUGCCGCCGCUUUUACUAUUUCGAUUUCUGGUUUUUGGUUCCGUUUUUUUUCUACUGUGUGUGCAUAACCCACAGGAAGUGAAAUCGUGCGGAAGCAGAAACAGUUACAGUAGUUGAAUUUCAAACAAAAUUCUACACUAACACAGGAAGUAGAAAAGUAGUGCAUGUGUCAAGAUGAAUAAAUUACUACAGGGAACGCUGUUGGUCAGCCUGUUGAUCAUGUUGGUGGCCAGGGCUCACGGAGCGGCCAGUAACUACUUCUAUUCGGAAUCGGAGGAACCUUACCCGAACCUGUUGGGCGAUGAAUCCGAGGACAUCGAUAAAAGUUUAUCGGACGAUAAUUUUCUAGACAACAUGCCACAGCAAGGUGCUUCCAAGCGCUCCUCCCUGAUUCAGGUGUACCGGAGGGCGUGUAUCCGGCGCGGGGGCAACUGUGAUCACCGAUCCAAUGACUGCUGCUACAACAGCUCCUGCCGAUGUAAUCUGUGGGGUUCCAACUGCCGGUGUCAGCGGAUGGGCCUGUUCCAGAAGUGGGGAUGAAUGCUUCCGUCAGCAAUCCAACAAUUCAGCAAUCACCACCAACUCCAACUGGUCCAGCUGAUGGCGAUGGCCGGAAUGAUGACACUUUUCACCCGGAGUCGGCAACCGGCAGCCAAAUUCCCUUGAUCUGCGGUGAUGAUGACGAUUUACUACUGCAAAUACUACAUCUACUAGAUACUGGACAAAGCUACUCGAACAAUGGCCACCGAUGUAACUGGAACGUUUUGGAUUUUUGUGCAAACCAAUCAUAGGACCCUCCCUCGCCCCAUAAAAUAACAUUAUUUUCAUGUGUAUAAAAGAAAUCAUAUUGCUACCCCCUCUCCCCUCCUCACGAACUCCCCUCUGAGUAACAACAUGAGCUAAGAUUACGGACACACUAUGGCGAACCAAGGCUAAACGCUCUAUGGAAAUUGAUCUUUGGAACGAAACAUAACCAAACUUUGAACAUAAAAAAAAACAUAAACAAACUGACAUUUGAGUUGCAAAACGGCUUAAAUUUUUCUUAUAUGGUUCAUGCACUGUUCCAACAUUUAACAGACUACCCCUAAAAAAUGUGAGUUUUCAAAAAGUCUCAAAGGCAACAUCAGACAACACUGAGAAGAUGAGUAUGUUUUCAAACGAAGUAUUAUGGUCUAAAAUCCUGAAGCCAACAGUCGACAAUUGGGAAUGGAAACGAUUUUUGUUUGCGGUCAUUAGAAGCGGAUGGUCUAAUCUUUUGGUUGAAAUUUUAUUCUGCGUUUUAACGAUAUAUGAGAUGUGUAGUAUGUUUUAUAACGAUAAUGAUAAUAAUGAUAAUGAUAAAUGAUAAUAACUAUUAUAAAGAGAGAGAAAAUAUUGUCUAUAUAGGUUAUUCCGAUUCAUUCUUUACUGUUUUAGAGCUAUUGUAUAUGAGUUGAGGGUGAAUUACAUGACGAGAAAGUAUUAUACAUAACGAUUAAA